AUGAGAUAUGAGAAAUGGAGAAACGGCCUGUACAAACUUGAAAGCUUUGUAAUAAAGAGAAGUUUAAAGCCCGAGAACUUUGGAAGACCGAUCCAGAUACAGAUCCAUAACUUUGCAGAUGCAAGCCUUACUGGAUAUGGAGAAGUUUCGUAUCUAAGACAAGWAAACGAAAAUGGAGACAUCCAUUGCGCUUUCAUCAUGGGCAAGUCUCGACUCGUACCACUAAAGGCAGUAACGAUACCACGUCUAGAAUUAACCGCAGCUGUCUUAGCAGUACGCAUCGGAGCCAUGCUGUACAGAGAAUUAGAUGUCAAAAUCGAUGAUAGCACUUACUGGACAGAUAGUACUACAGUCCUCAAAUAUCUGAACAACGCCCAAAAUCGAUACAAGAUCUUCGUUGCRAAUCGAGUGCAGACAAUCCUUGCCACCUCAACCGUAGAACAAUGGAGAUACGUGGAAGGAAGUUCUAACCCAGCAGACGAUGCUUCCAGGGGAUUAGAGCCCACUGACCUGGACAAGCGAUGGAUUACAGGUCCUGAAUUCUUAUGGAAGGCCGAAAGUACGUGGCCAYGGAAUCCUGUCGACGUCAAAGUGUGCAAGGAAGAUCCAGAUGUGCAAGAAAUAGUCUGUCUCAACAGUAGAGUGYARGGCAACAUCGAUGUAAACAGAGAUUUUCUUCAAAGAUUUUCUUAUUUCUCUAAUUGGUUUCGUCUGAAGAGAGCCAUAGCAUUAGUCCUGAYACUGCAAUCAAAGUAUCGCAAGAAUAGCAACGAUCAGAAUAAAGACAACGGUCAAUGUAAGAUAAKAGAAGAAGACUUGACUAAAGCAGAGAAAGUCAUCAUUAAAGUAGCCCAAAAAUCCACCUUCGCAGAAGAGAUUGCAACGCUAGAAAGACUAAAGGAUCAAGAGACCGAUAAAAGAUCAGCCAUGAAACGGAAGAAAUGUGAGAUCAAGAGAACAAGCUCGCUAUUCCGCCUUGAUCCCUUCUUAGACAAGGAUGGUAUUCUGAAAGUAGGAGGCCGACUUUGCAAUUCUCAAGAUUUACCGCCAAACCUGAAACACCCAGCAAUUCUUCCUAAAAAGGGACACAUCACAGAGCUUGUGAUACGGAACGCACAUGAGAAGACCGCCCACAGUGGUAGGGGUAUUACAUUAAACGAGCUCAGAAACCAGUUCUGGGUAAUUAAUGCCAACUCCAUGGUCAGAUGGUUUAUCUCUAAAUGCGUAACAUGUAGACGACUUCGYGCACAUGCAGGAAGACAGAAGAUUGCUGACUUACCAGAAGACCGAGUGACCGCAGCACCGCCAUUCACAUUUUGUGCCGUAGAUUAUUUUGGUCCGUGUUUAAUUAAGGAAGGAAGGAAAGAAUUYAAGAGAUAKGGAGUAUUAUUUACAUGCUUAACCAGCCGAGCCAUCCAUUUGGAAUCUGCAGUAUCUCUCACUACGGAUUCUUUUAUUAACGCKCUUAGAAGAUUCUUGGCUCGAAGAGGACCAAUCAAGACAAUGAGGUCAGAUCAAGGCACCAACUUGGUAGGAGCUGUGAAUGAGCUAAAGGAAAACUUUAAAAAGAUGGACCCAGACAAGAAUUGGAGAGUACUUGCUACGUCACGGGAAUGCAACAUGGCUAAUCGAUUGGAAGUUCAACCCCCCUGCAGCGUCACACAUGGGCGGAGUUUGGGAGAGACUAAUCCGCACGAAGUUGAAAACAUUGUCAACAGUAGACCCUUGACCUUUCCAACUGACGAUCCACAAGACUUAACGGGCCCGUUGACACCGAACCACGUGUUGACUWUGAAAGCAAAYGUAGUCUUACCGCCACCAGGAAGCUUUCAGAGAGAAGAUAUCUAUCUCACCAAACGCUGGAGGAGAGUGCAAACGCUUCUGGAACUUUURUGGACAAGAUGGAAAAAAGACUAUUUACAGUCCUUACAAGAGCGCAGCAAAUGGAACCGACCGCACCGCAACUUGAGUGUUGGAGACGUUGUCUUAGUAACAGACGAAAGAACAUCAAGGAACUCUUGGCCGCUGGCUAAAGUUAUCGAAGUCUUCGCUGAUGCUAAAGGUUUAGUCCGAACAGUAAAGAUCAAGACCCCAUCGACAACUCUUACCCGUCCGAUACACAAGCUUGUACUACUGCUGGAACAUUGA